GUCCUGUGUCGUGACGGAUGCCCAAAGUUCAGAGCGUUUCCAAUGCACGCUUCGGCAGACAGAGGUGGCAACCGCUUGAAUCACAGCAAGGCCUGGGAAGACACUUGCUUUUUGUGAGCACUGUAGCAGACCGUGGACUUUUUUGAUUGCCUGUUACACAUAGUUUUAAGAAAGAGAAAACUAAAAGUGGAUUCGUACUGCAACCGCCUUUCGGGAGGGUUUGUUCGUCGCGAGCCGUGUUGAACUGCGUGGGGAGAAGACAUGCAAGCGCGCUACUCCGUCUCGAGCCCCAACUCUCUGGGCGUCGUGCCGUAUAUUAGUAGUGAUCAAAGUUACUACCGCGCCGCGGCUGGCGGAGGAUACACCGGCAUGCCGGCUCCGAUGAGCAUGUACUCUCACGCCGCCCACGACCAGUACCCGGCCAGCAUGGCGAGGGCGUACGGACCGUACACGCCGCAGCCGCAGCCGAAGGAUAUGGUCAAACCGCCGUACAGUUACAUUGCGCUCAUCACCAUGGCCAUUCAGAACUCACCUGAUAAGAAGAUUACCCUAAACGGGAUUUAUCAGUUUAUCAUGGAACGUUUCCCCUUUUACAGAGACAACAAGCAGGGAUGGCAGAAUAGCAUUCGACACAAUCUGUCCCUCAAUGAAUGCUUCGUUAAAGUGCCUCGCGAUGACAAAAAACCCGGCAAAGGUAGCUACUGGACCCUGGACCCGGACUCUUACAACAUGUUCGAGAACGGCAGCUUUUUACGGCGACGGCGACGUUUCAAGAAGAAGGACGCGCUAAAAGAAAAAGAGGAUCGACAGAUAAAGGAAGCGUCGUCUCGCCAGCAACAACAGCAGGGCCGCGAGCAGGAGCAGCCCGUGCAGGGUUCGCAGCCCGUGCGUAUCCAAGACAUUAAAACCGAGAACGGUACGUCCACACCGCCGCAGGCUGUGUCGCCAACGCUCAGCACCGUUCCAAAGAUCGAGAGCCCGGACAGCAGUAGCAUGUCGAGCGGUAGCCCUCACAGCAUCCCUUCCACCCGCUCCAUCGGCCUGGAUAGCGCCGGGGAUCAACAGCAGCAUCACCACGGCCAAGGUCCUGCGCAAGGCUUCAGCGUGGAUAACAUCAUGACGUCCCUGCGCGGCUCGCCUCAGGGCCCGAGCGAGCUCACCCCCUCCCUCGUGGCCUCCUCUCGGACAGGUAUAACCCCUUCUUUGUCCCUUAAUUACUCUCCGAAUCAGGCUUCCGUGUAUAGCUCACCCUGCAAUCAGAACUCCAUCUCGACUACCUCGAACGCGACCUACCAUUGCAACAUGCAGGCUAUGAGCCUCUACGCCGGAGAUCGCGCGGGACACUUAGCGACCACCACCACUGUGGAUGAAACUCUGCCUGAUUACUCCAUCACAACCGCCACCUCGUCGCUGAGCCACGGGAAUCUCGGUUCGGGCCAGGAAGGCCAUCACCCGCACCAAGGGCGUCUCGCCUCGUGGUACCUUAACCAGGCCGGAGACCUGGGUCAUCUGGGCACGAGCUAUCCCUCGCAGCAGCAGAACUUUCACUCGGUCCGAGAGAUGUUCGAGUCCCAGAGAAUUGGCUUGAAUAAUUCGCCAGUGAACGGAAAUAAUAGCUGUCAAAUGUCUUUCCCCCCGGAGAGUCUUUCAUGCUUAUGCCUGCCCCUUCUGUGGACUCAGCAGAAACAGAACGCAAACGAGAGUCAGAAAAACAUGAUCUUGGUUUGUUAAGGACAGUGUUACUGCAAUAACACGUAAGUCUCUUUUCGCUUUUGUGAGCAAUAUGCUUUGUAGUUAUUUUAAAAAAAAAUACGCCAGACUUCCAUGGACUUGUUAUUACGUGUAAAUUGCAUAUAGUAAUUUAUUUCUAAAAUGUAGCCGGAUAUAAUGGACCAAACACCAAAACGUGUUUCUAAAUUGAAUUGCCUUAAUUGUCCAGAAAUGUUCCAUUAUAACAAGGAACGGAACGUGUAUAUCACCAUAUUCUUUCAAAUUAUCUCAUUUUGUUGAAAACUAUUCUGAAGGAACUGCAUUCUUUGUUUAAUAAAUUACCAUUUUAUUUGAGUUAAA